AUGGUGCAGAGUGCAGGGAAGAACACUCGCAUUGUUCUCCACUCAGUUGGAUCGUUGCCGCGAUUAUUUUAUUUUAUACACAAAAUCAAUAUUUCUCUCCCUCAAUUCCCUAAACCUAAAACCAAUUCCUCUUCCCCAUUUUCUCACAUCCAACUCUCCUCUCCUCGCCGCAAUUCGCCGCUCCUAGCAAUCCGCCCACUCCUCCCUUCCUGCAGUUCCCGGCGAGCAACGGUGAAGACCGGCACCGCCGUCUCAACCCUCGGUUCUCCGUCGCCCUUCCCCCUAUCUACAGAACCCCGCGGCCGCAGUGGCUCAAGACCACGGCCAUGGUCGUCCGCCACCGCGCCGUGCCGGCACCCUCCGCAUCUCCUCCCUCCCGUCUCCACACAAGCUCUCAUUUCCCCCGACCACAGACAUGGCACAGCCGCCGCCAAUGGCUGCCCCGAGCCUGGCACCACCGUCGUCAAUGGGUGUCUCAAGGAGCUUGCAAUGACAGUUUUUAGGCUUCCUGUGUUUUUCAAGCAGAGGGACAGUCUAUUCUACCCAGCUUGGGCCUUCGCGUUGCCAAUUUGGGUGCUUUGUAUUCCCAUCUUUGUCGUGGAGUGUGCAUUGUGGAUCAUCUUCACCUACUACACCAUUGGAUUUGCACUUUCUCCUGUUAGGUUCUUCAAACAACUGUUGGCCUUCAUUGGGGUGCAUCAGAUGGCUCUCUCCCUCUUCCGUUUCAUUGCUGUAGUAGGAAGAACUCAAGUCGUUGCAAACACAUUUGGAACUUUCUGUUGGUGUUUGUGUUGGCAGGCUUUGUUGUUGCAAAGGAUGAUAUCCAAGAUUGGAUGAUAUGGGGUUACUACAUCUCUCCUAUGAUGUAUGGACAGAACGCAAUCGCCGUUAAUGAGUUCCUCUAUGAGAGAUGGAAUGCAACUGCGCCUGCUAAUUCAUCUGAGUCAACUGUAGGCAAGACCCUUCUCAAGGACAGAGGUUUGUUCACAACGGAGUCGUGGUACUGGAUCUGCAUCAUAGCUCUCUUUACCUUCUCUCUGCUGUUCAACGUCCUCUUCGUUGCUGCAUUGACAUACUUGAACCCUCUGGGCGAUAACAAGGCCAUCAUAAGCGAUGAAAACGAGGAGAGCAAGAACAAAAAAUUGUGACUAAUUCGGGUUUUCUAUCUUUAGACCGAUUACGAGCUUGAACAAAAAAUUGGAACCCUCGAAUGCAGACAUGAAUACCACAGUGAGUGCAUAAAGAAGUGGUUGCUGAUGAAGAAUAGUUUCCCUGUGUGCAAAUCCCCAGCCCUGAGAAUCGAUUGAUGUUGGCCGAAAAGUUUGAACCUCUUGGUAAUUAUUCUAUAAUCAAGAGUACUUGAUUCAUGUAUUAUAUUUUUGUAUAUACAUGCAAAAAUAUUACUGCCUCCCAAAAUGUAUAGACCCAUUUGUUUGUGGUGCUUAUCAUGAAACAUGGAGUAAUAUUUAAUUUCCUA